AUGCGUGGUGAAGGCGCGUUUUCUGAGGUUGUUGCUGACUUGAGGAGGUGUGAAAUGCGUAAAGUACGUCAGAAUGCUGUCUAUCAAUCUCUUGUAAUGGGAUUGUUUUGGUCGUCGGGGAAGCUCAUUGUUCUCUUUGCCGCUUUGUGUUACGUUUUUACCGGCAACGAACUCACUGCGGAAAGGAUUUUUGUCGCUACUGCCCUUUACAACGCAUGCUGUUUGCCAGUCACUCUGUUCCUUCCGUUUUCGUUGCAGUUCUUUUUUGAAGUUCGGGUAUCCGUCAGACGUAUUCAGAUGUAUUUGCGGCCAUUUGAGAAACAAAGUCGUAUUCUUGUGACACAUCAGAUUCAGUUCUUACAUCAUGCUACAAAAGUUUUGCUGAUGAAAAAUGGAGAUGUUGUUGCUGUUGGUACUCUUGACGAACUCAAGAACAACUUCACAGAACAGUUUGAAGCGCUCAUACAGGAAACGGGAAGAUCGUAUGCUAAACGAUCUCCUACGGAGGGUGCCCCAAUAGGCAGUCCACGUCGCGCGCUCUCGCGGAUGUCGGAAGGUGAUCGCGGAGGUUAG